AUGGCUUCUUUGCUUCCUGUACUUCAGUGUUCUUCUUCAACUGUCUCUGCGUCUUCUAUACCUGCUUCUUCUCUUCCAUUGACUCCGUUGCCUAAUACGGCUUCAAUUUCUUCUUCUUCAUCUCCAUUUUACCACAAGAGUUUUCGACUGAAUAGCUUAUGCAGGAUCCCUUUCUUCGGGAAUUCCAGAACUCCUAAGCUCACUUGCAGGGCUGCUGAGUACAAGUUCCCUGACCCCAUUCCUGAGUUUGCCGAAGCUGAAACAGAGAAGUUUAGGACCCAUCUUCUUGAUAAGCUCUCAAAGAAAGAUAUAUUUGGAGAUGAAGUUGAAGAAGUUGUCGAAAUUUGUACCCAGAUCAUUGACAAUUUCUUUCACACUGAGUAUGGCGGCCCGGGAACUCUCUUGGUUGAUCCUUUCAUGGAAAUGGCUGAAACUAUAAACGAACAAGGUCUGCCCGGAGGUCCACAAGCUGCGAGAGCGGCUAUUAAAUGGGCUCAAAACCAUCUUGACAAAGAUUGGAAAGAAUGGACUGGCAAAUAG